CUGUACGUUUUGGGUUUUAUCUUAAACGGAAGUGUAGUUCGUGGAGUUUACAAAAGAAAUUCUUAGAAUUUCUCUGUUAAACAGAAUGGUUUUUGUACGAAGACACGAUAAACUGCAUGGUUUUUGACAAAGGUUAAUCAAAAAUGGACCUUCCCUGGUCAGACGGGAUUUACCCGAGUGAUGUUCCUCGGGAUUUUGAAGAGGUCAGGAACAGAGAAGAAAGAAAAGAGAGGAUCUCCCUGUACUGGGAGUCUAUGGUAAAUGACCAGGAGCCAAGAGUUCACAAGAAUGCUCUUCUUCAUCUAAUGCAAGACCUGAAAGACGAAGGGAAUGACCUUUUUAAGGAGGGAGAUUUUGACAACUCAUGGAUGCACUAUCGGAAUGCUUUGUUUAUAGCCCGGAUUUUGGAAGUCCGUUUUUAUCACAUCGUAGAUAAGGAGUUCAUUUCUACUCUCUUCUCUAACAGAGCUUUCUGCUGUCUCAAAAAGGAGAUGUAUGUGGAAGCUGUUCAAGACUGCGAGUCGGCUAUACAGAUUUUCCCUGGUAAUAUAAAGGCGUACUACAGACAAGUGCUUGCAUUGAAGGCCCAGAAAAGACUGACUGAUGCCCUCAAAGUGGCUGAGAAGGGCAUGGAGACCAAGCCUGGGGUGUUCAAGGAAAUAUUAGAAGAAUUAAAAGAGCUAAUAGCAGAGGAGAAAAAUCCUACUAGUGUCUCUGCUAAAGAUGCUAAACCUGUAGAGGACAGAGAACUAGAUAAUGAGUGGCUGCAGGGAACCAACAUUAAUGUGACCAAGCAGAGUGAACCCAGACAGAAGAUGCCAUCAAAGAAAAACAAGGGGAAAUCCAACACAAAGCAAGUGAAGGUUAAUGGUAACAGUAGCAAAAAUACUAAGGGCACUGAGAAACCCAGUCAUGAGAUCGGCAAUGGAGCGGUGGAAUCUGAGGGAGCAGAGUCGGAUGACACCGAGGGGACAGACGACCGGCUCAGCGAGGAUGAGAACUUUGUCAAUAACUUUAUGAGUGUCCGUAACACAAAGCUAGGCAUCACGGGGCAGAAUUUCCAUCUCAAGUUUCCGGCUACAGUAGAUGUAUCUGAGCCUGUCAAUAAAUCUCAGUCCAUGGGCUUGGAUUGCUUUUCUCCACCAGCAGGGAAAACUCCAGUUAAACCCGAAUUUGUUCAUAAUCCGCAAAACAUCUCCAGCUCUGUUUCUUCUCUGUCAUCCAGAGCAUCCACACCAAACCAAAGGGCACUCAGCCAGUCAACUAUUGAUGAGAUAAAGAAAAUCAAAUUCCCAUUAGACGAUUAUUACGACUGGAAAUUAGCUUGUCGACAGUGUUUUUUAAAAGUAGGGGAAGGUGUAAAGGGUUUUCGAUAUCAUGUGAACCUAUCUCACGAAUGUGUCAAAGACGUACUGCUAGUGAGAGACAAGAAGGAGGGUAAGAACUGGGUCAAAGUGAGACCACGUCCUGAGUCAAAGUUUCAGCAGUUCGGAAACUACAAACUAUGUAACCACUUCAGUAGUGGAAAUCCCUGCUCUGUAGGGGAGGAGAAGUGUACGUUUGCUCACAAUAUUGCUGAGAGAAAGCUCUGGGACAUGGACAGGAUUCAAAGCUUUUUACUGCUCGAUUUUAUUGGAAAAGUUCAACAGUAUAAAAUAGACACGAGUGAAGAGCUUGUAAGACUUCAGUCAACUGAUUCUGGUGCUGGCAAACGAUCUGAUCCCGCCAUACCGGGUUUGAACUAUAAAACAAAGCAGACAAAGCCUCCACCAUCUGUCCCCAUAGAACAAGUGCAAACCCAAAUGAAACAGCCCCUCCUACCAACCCCACCCAGGGCUCAUUUACCACCCAGCAAUCUGCCUGCAGCCCCAAUAAUGAACAGACCGCGUAUGCCAGGGCCCCCUCUCCAGGGCUUUUCGGACCCUUAUAAAUAUAUGGUGCCACCUCCUCCCCAUGGAAUGGGGCCCAUGCCACAUGGUAUGCCAUUUCCACCCCACAUGAUGAAAAACAGAUUCCCUGUGCAUGGUCUACCACCCAGAAUGAUGCCCCCUUUUAGUUCUCCUACGUCCCAAGCCCAGAUUAGACCAAACAUGAUGAGGGCACCUGCUCCGAAGCCAGUGGCUGACUCCAUGCCUUACGAUGAUUCUUCUGAUAGUACCACAAGUUACACACAGGAAUUCCCCCUGUCCUCCACUCACGAUUAUAAACUGGUCUGUAAGAACUGCUAUAAGGUCGACAACACCUCAGGAAUGUAUGUAUAUCAGCCAGGUCAGCAUAAAUGUGAGGAGAACAUUCUGAUCGUCCGACCGAAGCACAUUGCCAGUCAGUGGCUAAAAAUCCGUGAAAGGAAGAAUCACCGGGUGUUUACUGGAAGUUACAUCUGGUGUAAUAGCAUCAGGGUGGGGGGCAUCUGCCGGUACGGAGAGGACAGCUGUAGUUUCGCUCAUAACGAGUGGGAACAGCUGUUGUGGACCUUGGAGAAGGAUGAUGAAUUUAAUAUUACAGAAUUCAUCAUUCAGAGUCGAUCAAAGAGCCUCGAUAAAGGCUACUCUAUAGCUGAUAUUCUUCAGAGGCACUCUGGAUAUCUGAGUUUUGUUUGUAAGGCUUGUUUCUAUAACACACCGCAGAUGAUAAACAGAGAGGGCGCUGAAGGAAAAUGCAGUGGUAAAUCUAAACAUGAUUGGUCAGACUACAAAAUCUUGGCACACUUCAGCUCUGAUGGAUCAGUAACCAUCAUAAACCCCCGAGGAUUCUUACACAAGACCGCAUUCUUUAAAAUCUGUAAAUGGCUGCAUUACUGUCGAAAUCGAAUUAAUGCCGAGUGUCGGUUCGCUCACAGCAUGGUGGAGAGAGACCUGUGGAUGUUUGAAAGAGACACCGGAUAUUCACAGGAUAGAAUUGUAGAACUAGCCAAUAAACAGCUGGGUAUAUCGACGAAUGUCCAGGAGGCGAAAACCUACACAUCGGAGAUCACACCAUCAGCCACUCUAUUCCAAUCAUCGACAGUGCAGACCCCUACCUCAGCAGUCAAAUCCGUCUCCCAGACUCAGGACACCAAACCUCUGGCUAGUGUAGAUGAAGACGAUGAUGAUCUGUGCCCUUACAUAAUACAGGAACUGUGUUUGACAUGCUGGAAGAAUGGAAAGAAAAGCAUUCAGGAUGGAACAAAAGACAGAUGUGUGAAAAAUCACUCGAACUGGAAGACAAAUCAAGUUUAUCUGGUGUCACCGUCCAACAAGGAGAUCCGAGUGUUGCCCAGGAAGAUCCCCUCGGGAUUUCGAUUUAUUCUGUGUAGUUACAUUGAGAAGCGAGGGAAAUGUGGCUACACAGGAGGAGGUCCAUGUCAGUUUGCCCACAGUCAGGAGGAGCUAGAAAUCUGGCAGUGGAUGUGUGCUCAUGACAUUAGAAAACUAGAUGAUUUGCACAGAGCUAGUAAGGAAGCGCAGGUGACUCGGGCUGCACAGGUGAAGAACAAGGCUAUUAGUGGGGAGUCCGUGGUGUCAGUCACCAAGAGAGUGGCCUUACCCACACAGGUCAAAUUCAGCAUGUACUACUGCUCCUACUGCGGAAAGCAGUGUAACAGCGAAAAGCAGUGGGAUGAACACUGCGCGUCAGAGAAGCAUAACUUCAACGUGAACUCGGACAGAGAACAUCAGUGGAACUACAGACAGCCCCCCUGGGGAAUGCCCGGAACCAGCUACGAACUCUGUUACAAACACAUCGAGGGCAGGAAGUGUCCGUAUUCUAAUGUGCCAGACAUGUACAAUAUGUGUCAGUAUGCCCACAGCGAGGAGGAACUGGAUGAGUGGAAGGAGCGCUAUGAGUGGCGACAGAUGAAGCGUGACAUGGCACGACAGGAAAAGGUCUUCUCCUUCAUGGAUGAGUUACUGGAGGAAUAUCAGUCAGCAGAGCAAGGAAUUAGAGUGAUAGCAGAAGACAUACCAGAUGUAGUAGUAACCUGUGAACAGGAAUUAACAAUCUACGAAGAAGAAAAGAAUGCCAUCUUUACCUGGAUAUUCAACGUGCAAUCAGCGAGGCCACUGGAGAAAGUUGCACUACUCUAUAACAAAGACCGUCUGCACUUCUCAUUGAAAGAGAGUGAACUGGAUAAGAACACCCAGAUAGCACCAGGUGUGUCAUUCCAAAUCGGCAGUGGAUGCCAGGUUGAGGUUCAGUUCACAGGGAACAUGUUUGGAUCAUUCAAUCAGUGGGUUAUUUUUGACUUUGGCAGUCGGCCAGUAUUGGUACGGAAGCUGUAUGUAGAAGUAGGAACCAUCGGAACCCACGAAAAAGUCAAGUCUCUACGAGAGAAGUUACAGUUUGACCGCUGGACUGCAGAAAACAGGGAGAUUGUACGUUAUGAGAGAGCUAAUGUAGAUGAGCUGGAAAGGAAGCUGACCAGUAAAUACAAAGCUCCGUCAUCGUCAGAAAGCGUAAUCAGUCAGCACAGCGUGACGACGGAACUCAACUGGAACAACUAUCAUCACAAGAUGCACCAACUGCUGGAGAUGGAGGAGAUGAAACGACACCAGAUCAUAUGCAGUUACAACUUGCGCAAGACUGUCACCAUACAGGAGAGCAUUCAAGAACAGGUGUUGUUGCUGUCACAAAAUGGGGAGUUAUUUGCCAAAGUUCCACUGGCAGAAUACCUAACAGAGGACACAGACGCGGGUAAACUGAUCCUGACAAGCGUGCGAACGGUGCUGCUUGCUCCUCAGAACCACCCCAAUAGGAGUGUGUACGAAGCGGUCAUCGUUAGGAAAGAUAACUUUGGCUAUGAUGGUCGUGGAAAGGAGUAUAUCUAUCUGUGUCUAUCUCUGAAAUGUGUGCAGGGCUUGAGUCUCCAGUCCGGAAUGACCCUGCAGGUGGAGAUCCAGUUCCAGAUGGAUCGGAUGUGGUUCUGUAUGAUGCAUUACGCUGUGGAUCAUCUCAACUCCACGGACGUUGUGUUCCCAGAUGUCUCAAAGAUCAAACCUUUUCACGAAAAAUCAACAUUCAGGAUUACUUCGUCUGUGCUGAACCCCGACCAGUUGACAGCUAUUCAGCACAUCGUGACAGAGCGGGUGGGGUACAAUCCUCCAUUCGUUAUCUACGGCCCGUUUGGAACUGGUAAGACAGAGACUAUUGCCCAGGCUGUGAUGGUCUUAAUCCGAGAAAAACCAGACGCCAAAAUCCUCAUCUGUGCUCAGUCAAACAGUGCAGCGGAUCUGUACCUGACAAAACAUUUUGAUCCGUUCUUGAGGAAGACUAGCUAUAAUACCAAAAUACGACGUGUGUAUUUCAAAGAGAGGCGUGUCAACACUGUCCAACCAGAGGUCAAGAAAUAUUGCCAGCUGAACCCAAAUAAGGAUGAAUUUGAGUUCCCAACUCAUGAUGAUAUAAAGAACCACAAUAUAGUGAUAGUGACAAUGUCCACGUCACUGUUACUAUCGGAGUUGGGCCUACAGGACUACUUUACACACAUUUUCGUGGAUGAGGCUGCCCAGACUCUGGAGGCGGAGGCCGUAAUGCCUCUCACCCUGGCCAGUGAGAAGACGUGCAUUGUAUUGGCUGGCGAUCAUCAGCAGAUCAGUCCCAAGGUGUACAGCCCAGAGGCGUGUGAUCAGAAGUUUGAUAUGUCACUGUUAGAGAGACUCUUCCAGUAUUACGAUUCAUUCUCUCACAAGAUUGAUCCAGCUAAACCACUGAACAUUCUCCUAAGAAUUAAUUACAGAACCAAAAUGGAGAUUUUACGUUUCAUCUCGGCUAUAUUUUAUGGUGGCCCCGAUAAGCUGGAGUCCAGGGCUAACAUUCCGUCUGUAUUGGAGAUUACGCCGCUGAUGUUUUAUGCCGUGCAGGGUGUCGAGAUUCAGGAUAAGGACAGCAUUUCUUUCUACAACAUGUCAGAGGUCCAAGAGGUGGUGGAGAGGGUGCAUGAACUGUACCUCAACUGGCCAGCAGAAUGGGGCGAGAGGAACGCCAAGGCCAUUGGAGUGGUCACCCCUUAUUUUGAUCAGGUACAACUCAUAAGAAAAGCCUUACGAAAGAAACACCCUGACCUAAAGAAUAUAACUGUCGAGAGAGUGAAUAAUGUUCAAGGGAAGGAAUUUCGAGCACUGUUUAUUUCGACUGUGAGAACUCGAGGCCUGAUUGACUCGCAGUACAAACCCGAAGGGGAAUGCGAGGGAGAUGGGGGGUAUUAUGGCUUCCUUUCUGACCGCAAGCUGCUGAACACCGCCCUUACACGAGCCCAGUCCUACGUGGCAGUGGUGGGGGACCCGGUGGCAUUGUGUGCCAUCGGAGAAUGCCUAACCGUUUGGAGAACGUAUCUAAAGCAUUGUCAGAACAUGAAGAGCAUCCAGCCGUCCACAUUAACAUUGGAAUCCAUCAAACAGCAGGUGUCGAAUCUGGCUCAGUCCCCGGCCAGACAAAGAAUGGAGGAAAGAAGUGGACAGAAUAAACCUCAAGGGCAGGUAACUUUUUCACAGGAGUCGAAACCUUCUUCUGAGGGACGGAAUGUAGGGCCUCAAAGUUUGUCACAUCCAGGUCACGGACAGCUAAUGCCAGCCCCACUCUCCCAUCCCAGUCUGCGGAACGAAGCUUGGAAGCAGACGUCGAAGGAAGCUCUACUAAGUAAUCUGUUUUCUACACAUGAAGUUAAGCCCCUUGUUAAGUCGAUGUCACAGCUGAACGAGAUAAGCAGCCGACCCAUACCACAUCAACAGAGGGAGAAGAUAGUGUACUCAUAUGACUGGAGUGAAUGUUAUGACACAGCUACGGACGACCUGUUGAAACAGAUGGCAGAAGAAGCAAUCCGAAUGGAGAGAGUAUUGAAACAGAGAGAUAAAGCUAAAGUUCCAGAAGGACCAGUGUAUGUGGAAUUUAUUGACUUCAACGAAAGUAAUGGUCAUGUUAAAAUGUUUUAUAAUGAUUCAUCACAAUCAGUCGGAAAAGGUGAUUUCAAGGAGAUUCAGUUGUAUGAUGAAACUCAGCUUCAGGCCAUGAUGCAGAAGUAUCCAGAGCGGUUUAAAAGGUGUAUCUUUAGUAAGGAUCAGGAUAGGAUGCAUGCUGAGGUUAUAGAACAGCGGCCCCAUCACAGUCCGGUGGAGAUUGGUAAUGUACGGGACAGUGGCACCGCCAUGGACGGAGAUGAGGUGGUGGUAGAGAUCCUACCCUCUGAAGAUGUUGACGAGUUGGACUUGGAUAAUAUGGACUUCAGUCGUCAUGGACGAGUGGUCGGAAUUCUGAACAGAAAGAUUGAUCCAGAGUAUAAGUGUUUUGUGUGUCAUGUGGAUCCAGACAACACGGGAAUAAUGAUCCCUAUUAAUACAGGAGCACAUAAGAUGUAUGCCCUGUCAACUGGAGGGGAGGAGUGUAAUAACGAGGUGUGUGUGUAUCAGAUCUCUAAAGAGGGCCAGGUGAAGCAGAGUCAGAUCGUCAAAAUUAACCCAGUCAACUGUCAAGAGACAUUAUUUGUUGUGAGGUUCUUAAAGUGGCAUCCUACUCUUUACUUUCCUUUAGGCAUUACUGUAGGGGUGAUUCCGGCUGGUACCACCCACCAAUCGGCUAUCGGUAUUCUGAAUUUGGAGUAUGACAUCAAGAAAGAGGUCAGUAAGGCUGUGGAGCAGGAGGUGCAGACACAUUUUCCUACCAAUUACACCAUCCCGGUCAAGGAGUAUGAUAAACGCCUUAAUCUGCGCGAAAAGUGGACAUUUUCUAUCAGUCCUAAUGACUCAGAAAUCGGUCAAGCGUUAAGCAUCGAAGAAACUGUAGAUGGAAAUUAUUACAUUGGCGUGCAUGUAAGCGAUGUGACAUAUUUUGUUAAGAUGAACAGUAAUAUUGAUACAGAAGCUAGAAACAAAACAGAGUCGAUCGUUCUCCCUAACGCAGAGAAACUCCACAUGCUACCAGAUAAGCUCAGCACUGAUCUUUGUAGCUUAAAACCAGGUGUAGAUAGGUUAACUUUGUCUGUCUUCUUAACUGUAUCGAAAUCAGGAGAAAUCAUAAGAGCUGAUCCAAAAAGGUGCAUUAUCAACUCUAAGAAAAAGUUUACUUUUGAAGACGUAGCAGAUGUCCUGGUGGACCCUAACGCUGCCUCGGAUUACCUGAAAAGCUGUAUAAUCGUGUUGUUUCACAUGUCCAGGGUUUGGCGUAGACAGAGGUUGGGUAAUGCGAGUUUGUAUCGAGACGUCGAUGUAACGCAGGGAGAUAAACAUUCACCGGAAGCUUACAUUAUGCUGCAGGAGUUAAUGAUCCACACUAACCACCAGAUAGCCAGGUUUCUGCUACAGCAGUUCCCCAGUAUGGUGCCUCUUUAUUGUCAAGGUCAACCAAAUGAAACUGAGCUGGAGAAAUGGAGACAAGAGCAUGCGGCAGACGCCAUUAAUUCUAUCGCCUUAACCAAACCGUUCCUUGAAGGCCACAAAACUUGUCAAUGUAAGAUGGCCUGUACGUGCAUUAUAAAUUACAUCAAGCGAACUAGCAAUAUCAAGGUACACGACUCCUUUGAUGUGUGUCGGACAUUAUGGCAGGCUCUUUGUGAAGCAGCUGAGAUGGGCAACAUGAGUUUUGUUCAGAACAUUCUUAUAGCUGCCGAGAGCCACCCUCAGUUGACUGUAGCACUGAUGAAACUUGAUGCCAUUCAGAAUCGAUCCGAAUAUAUCUGUUCUGAUGAAAGUCCAGCUCAUGGACACUACUCACUAAAUCUUGCUCGGUAUGUCCAUUUUGUGAAUCCCAUCAGUCGUUAUAUGGACUUAGUCACACACAGACUGGUCGUAGCUGCCGUGGAGAAGUCACCUGUGGGUUAUAACCAGUCCGAUAUUAAACAGCUUUGUUCCUAUCUCACGAACGCCAGUGACGGUGUCCGGCAGUACCAACGAGAAGUACAGAACGUUCAUCUCUCUCUGAUGCUGAAAUCUAAACCAGUCAGUAUGUCGCCAUCUAUAGAAAGAAUUAACGAAGAAGAAAUUGUGCUAUGUUUUCCACCCACUUUUGGGAAUGUUCCAGGUUCAAAGAGAAGAAUAAAAUUAAAUUUACUUGCUCUGAAGGAACCACCUAAACUUCUGGACACCAGAGAGAAAGGAUUACAGUUAAGUUGGAGGGAACGAAUUUAUGAUCUUAUAGCCCCACCAGGAGGGAUGGACUCUAAUGAAGAAAAGGAACUUAAUCCCCAUCAGCACAUAUACCAGAUCCCUUCUUUCCAUUGGCAGAAGCUAUUAAUGGCCAUUAGAGAUGAAAAUCAAGACAAACUACGCACAACAGUCCUGUCUGUAAAAGACCAAGUCAGAAACCCGGCACAUAGUAAAAACUUUGCUACUGAGAUUACAACGGAACGUCUUGUUGAAGGAGAAAUGCUUCCUUAUACCGAGUUUAAUGUAAAAUUCAAAAAUUCUGCAUUACUAGCAGUACAGGUAACAGCGGAGAUGCUCCACGGCCUGUUGACGCCUACACUUCAGCUUUUGAACCUUAUUCCUAACUUAGACAUCUGCCUUGAACACAGAUCCAACUCCAGACAGUGUUUUGCUCAGGAGCCGGUUAGUUACGCCUCUAAGGAGAGCUAUGCACAUGAGACUGAUUACGUCGAUUCCUGGUUAGGUGUUCUUAAUAUAGAGGCUGCACAGACAGCAGUUGAUGAAUCAAAUUCUGUUCUUAUAAGGAAUGUGUUUCUGCACUGGAAGUAUGAGGGGACAGAUGAAAACCUGUUUACAGCUCAGUUUUGUUUACCGUUAGAAUUCUGUAAGAAGAGAAACAUCAGGUUCAGCAGUGACGCUAUGAUAGAUGAUUUGUUUGAUCCAGAAAAUGUUCACUUUGCAGAAAGCUACUUUCUGGAUUUUAUAUGUGUUCGGUACUCCCGAGUCCAGGUAACAGGUCACAAGGAGCAGGAUCAGAUGAUGGGUGGUGACAUGGCAAACAAGUGGGUGGGGCACUGUGUGGUAACCUCGGUAACGAGGAAUGAGAAGGAGUUAAAGGUCAGACUACGGUUACAUCACAGCAGUGUAGAGCCGCCAUCUUAUCUACAGAGUCCACAGAUGAACAAAACGCCGUGUACUAUAGAGUGGAUACAUAAAACCAUGGAGGCCAGACGAAUGGAAUGUGCCAUAAGGACCAUUCCUGACAGUGGACAGUUAGCUAAAGAUAUUGCUCUUGGAAGAAUUCCCGUACCAACAGUGGACUAUAGAGAUGUUGAAAUACUGCGACAAUUCCCAGCCCCUGGGCUGCCGGCCCUCAACCCUGUCCAGGACCAGGCAGUCUCAACGGCCAUGAAACAGCCAUUCACUGUAAUCACAGGACCACCAGGAACAGGGAAGUCUCUAAUGGCAUCCCGACUAAUUUACAUGGUAUCCCUGAGAAACAAAAUGGUUCCUGUCAGCGGGAUUAAGCCACAAAUCUUAGUAUGUGCUCCAAAUGAUCAGUCAUUGGACAUUUUAAUAGAUUAUUUGAGUUGUCUGGGUCAAAGUUGUCCCAAGAUUUUAAGGGUGUACGAUGAAAAGAUGGAACAGCAAGAAUUUCCCAGGCCAGGACAAUUAACUCCCUUACAGUGGACUGUAAAUAAUGCACAUAAUACACCUUUAGUUCAGGAAAAGUUUGCACUUCAUCAUAAAAUCCGGAACCAGGAGACCAUGUUUGGUUCGUCCAUCAGUCAGUUUGAUAUGCUGUUUAGACUGUAUCCUGAUGACAUCACUGACCAGCAGGUUGAAGAGUAUGAAGCAAUAGUUAAGAAGGCAGAGAUGGUAGAGCUAAGAGAGGCAGAGAUUCUUGUGUGUACCUGUACGGCCAGCGCCAGGUCACAGAUCAGAAAUAGCUGUAAUGUCACACAGGUUGUCAUUGAUAACUGUGGCAUGGUUUCAGAACCAGAAUGUAUGAUACCUAUUGCAACAUUUGACUCGGUAAAACAGGUGCUUGUUUUAGGAGACAUCCAACAAGUGCCUUAUAAUAUCAGAAGUCCUGUAGCUAGGAGUCAGGGACUGACCACCUCUCUGUUGGACCGGUACAGGAACCAGGCCGUGAGGCUCCAGACUCAGUACCGCAUGCAACAAGAUAUCAGUGAUUUUGCAUCAUUAGCAUUAUCUGGAGAAGUGUUGAGUUGUGGAACGGAGAAUCAGAAGCAGAUGUUGACCUUAUUUACGAAAGAUAAACCAGUAACAUUCUGUCAGUUUUAUGGGAAGGAGGAAUCAACGGGCCAGGAGAUUGUUAAUCAGGAGGAAUCCAGCCUAGCGGUCGCUGUUGCUUCCAAGUUGGUAAAUCGUCAUCAUUUGGCCGAGGAGAGUAUCGUAAUUCUAUCCUUCUACCAGGGACAAUGUGCCAUGAUUUCUAAGAAACUCCAGCAGAAAGGACACAAAAACAUCGCUGUUUGUUCAGUAGAGAGCUGUCAAGGAAGAGAAUGGGAUAAUGUAAUUUUAUCCACAGUGAGGACCAUUCCUGGCCAUACAGUAGAACUUAGAUCCACCACAGAGUGGAAGGAAAUGCACCUAGGUCACCUGAUGAACCAUGGACUGGUCAACCAAGCACUGACCAGGGCCAAGAAGCGGCUCAUUAUAUUGGGAAAUAACAAUUUGUUACGGUGUGAUGCAUUAUGGGAGAAGUACCUUCAGUUAUGUCUGAGUAAAGGACAAGUGUCGGAUGGUAGACAGUAUUUGAAAUGGCUGAAUUAACUCAACCUUAGUGACGGGAUAGCGUGGUGUUGCUCCCAUUGUAGUGGACAGUGAAUAUCAUGAAAACGGGGGUCAUUGUAACAUAGAGGGAAAAUUUAACACUCUACCACUGGCAUGUUGAGUUUAUUGAGGAAUGUGUAAAAUGAUAACGUGGAUGUGUAAUAUUUGGAAGUUUUGGAGACAUACUGAUUGCAUGUAAAACAAUCAAGUGAUAGGUUAGAAAAUGUUGAAUUGAAUGAUGAAGUUAGAUUAUGUACCGGAUAGUUCAGUUUAUAUAAUCUUUUGAGAUGUGUUGCUUACGUGUUUAUUAUAUGUUUCUAUCCCCCCCCUCACACACACACACACACAUGCUGAUGCACUACAGACAAAUGCCCAUUUCUUUUUUCUUUCUCUACGUGAGAAAAUACAGUUGUAAUUUCGUUAAAAGUUUUGUUUGUAUUUUUUUUUUUUGUGCCCAAAGUAUUUAUUGUUACGGUUUAGUCUAGUGAAAGACUCUUAAAUUGCAAUGAUGCAUAUAUGUAUAUUUCUGAAUCAGCAUACAUGUGUAUAAUUUCAUAACCUACAUGUACUUCAUAAACUACAAUGAUACAAACUGAAAUUCAUUUCUAAAUAUUUACAUCUAGUGAUAACCUGAUUCAUGUAAUCUGUUGAAGUUUCAAAUAUUAUAUUUCUCAAUAAAAGCAACUACCUUUCAAUUUGAUAUGAACAAGUUAAAUUACACACAAAAUACAAGUAUACGGUUUUGUUGAUUACACAAAUUACCCCAAUCUUUCAUUGCUUUUAUAACUAAGACUUUGUCAAUUUAAUACACAAAUUACCCCAAUCUUUCAUUGUUUUUAUAACUAAGGCAUUAUUGAUUACACAAACUACCCCGACCUUUCUUUCUACCUCCAUGAUAUAAACAAUUCCAACAUUUAUUCCUUAAAUAAAACAAAAGAAAACCCACAUGAAAAUGUCAUUAAGAAAAGUACAUUGCUAAGGAUGUAAAUUAUAAAACUGUCAUUAAUUAAGAACAGAUUUUUGUAAUGGUGGAGAUACAGUGUAUAUAAUUGGAAUGUGGUGCAUGUAACAGACAUUUAUGCGUGUGUAAGACAUACAGUGGUAUAAAGUUUUACAUCAAUAACUACUUAUAAUUGUUUUUAUGUACAUGUAUAAUCAGAUGCAAACAAUAUUGUGUGUGGAAAAUGUGUAUGUUUAUGAACAACACAAACUUCAUACACUGUGAAUACAGUCAAACCUUGUACAGAGACCCCCUGUUAUAAGCCAUAUCCUGCCACACAGGACUGGAAUUUUCCUCCUUUUGAUUUCAUGUGUCCUCCAAACACACCAACAAGUAAAUAUAAUUGUGACAUUCAGUAUACCAUUCAUUAAACUUUCCAUGCUAUUUUGGUAACGUUUCAAAUCGUCAUGAUAUGUACAUGUAUAUGAUAUAAACAUACAUUGUAAACAUUGAUGAGUCUGGCGUCUACUGUAUGUUUACAAGAAACAUAACAAAGAAAAGUUCUUAUGGACUACAUAUUUAAUGGUCAUUAAUCUAUGUUCAUCAUGUUUAUAUAAGUUUUCAUAAAAAUAGUUGAAAUAUAUGAUAAAUGUAUCUGAUGUACAUAUCUGUCAGUUUGUAAAUAUCUCGGGUUAUUGAACACAGGUUUCAGUGUUGAGUUUUAUAUUGUACACUGUUAAUCGUCCAUAAUAUUUGAAAUUCAGACUUGUCAUGUUGAAUUUUGAUAUUGUACCUUUAUAUAAUUAUACAUUGUUUUCUAACAUAUAUGAAAUACAAAUUUGUAUGAAAUGUUGACUUUUUGGUCUAUAUAUUUGGUUUUCGAACGCUGACCAUAACUUUCUCUUAGUUUAGUAGAUGAAAACAAAUUCUCUUGGAUUGAACACAAUGCACUUUAAUACCAUAUAUUCUCUGGUGAACUUUAAACUUGCAUCAGUUCAGAAUGUAGAUUGAAGGAACUGAUUGUGCAGUGAUUUUCCCUGUAGAAGCACCAGAUGGUAGAGAAUUAAUGUCUGCAUGGCCUGUAAUAUUGAAGCAUGUUGAUACUUGAUGUAGUGUGUUUAAUAAAGAGUUCGUUGUAUGGCACUUUGUAAUAAACUUCCAUCACCAACUUG